AUGGAGCUGGAACAGAAUCCUAAUCAUCCUAAUGAAAAUAAUUUUCACCAAUAUACACUAUUUGAUAUCUCAAAAGAUCCUGGACUGAAAGAUGACGAUGGCAAUGAGUUACCCCGACCGUUUACUAAAAAUCAAAUGCGAAAAUGGUUAAAGAAAGUUAGGUGGGAAAAUAAUAAACAUGAAAAACGUGCUAAGGAAAAAGCACGUGCUAAAGAAAGGAGAAGAAAUGCUCGUUCUGCUAAUAUUGACCUAGGUCCAAGCAGAAAAUCAUUAAAGAAAAUGAAAUUAGAAAAACCGAAAAAGAAUAUAGGGAUUAUAAUAGAUCUUAGUUUUGAUCAUCUCAUGAUAGAAAAAGAUAGGUUUAAAGUAAUAAAACAAAUUUUAAGAUGUUAUUCAAUAAAUAGGCGUUCUGACACACCAUUAAAGUUUCAUAUUACAAGUUUUGGCGAUAAGUCUAAAAGUGAUAUUUCAAGACAUAACGGUUAUGAGAACUGGGAUGUUGAGUAUCACGAGAAACCUUAUCUAGAUGUGUUUUCAAAAGACAAGCUGGUAUACUUAUCAAGUGAAUCAGAUAAUAUUAUCGAAACCUUUGAAGAAGAUACUUAUUAUAUAAUUGGCGGCUUGGUUGAUCAUAAUCAGCAUAAGGGACUUUGCCACAAAAUUGCUGUAGAACAGGGCAUAAGACAUUGUCAGUUACCUUUAACUAAAUAUGUCAAUAUGAAAACAAGGAAGGUUUUAACAAUUGACCAUGUGUUUGAGAUAGUUCUUAGAGUAUGUGAAGGAGUUCCUUGGCAAGACGCUCUUUUAAAAGUAUUACCACUAAGAAAAGGAGCACAUGUUAGCCAAAGUUUAUGUGAUUCAACAUCAAGUGAAGAUAUUUCUAAUCAAAGUACAAAUGGUACAUGA